AUGACAUGCUUUAUUUGGUUUGGAAAUUACUUCAAUGGAGCAUUAGUUCACGAAAACAAUAAUUAUCAACCAAAUAAUCGUUUCAAGAAAUUCUGUCGUCAAGUGAUUUCCGCUGGCCCAUUCUCUCAAUCGGAAAUUCUAUUAGCUUUAUUAUACCUUCUCAAAUUUAAAAUGAAACAACAUCGCCCUAGUAUAAUUCUCCAAGUUCCUACAAUUCCCACAAUUAACACAGUUUUUAUAAUUCCUACAAUUUCCACAAUUAACACAGUUCCUAAAAUUCCCACAAUUCCUACAAUUCCUACCACAACUCUUACAGCGAAAAGUAAUCAUCAUCAUUAUAAUGGCUUAAAAAUAGAAUAUCAAGUAUUUGCAUGUUCUCUAAUGUUGGCCAGUAAAUUUUGGGUUGAUAAUACUUAUGCCAAUAAAGUCUGGUCAAAGACUUUAAAUAUUCCCGUUUCUAAAUUAAAUUUAAUGGAAAUGGAAUUUUUAAAAACUUUAGAUUAUCAAUUAUAUGUUUCCGAACAUAAAUAUCUUGAGUGGAUUAAUUUUUUAACAAAUUAUGUCGUUACUCAUAUUUCUCCGAGUAGUAAUUCACGAAAUAAUUAUCGAAGUUCUCAAAAUAAUAACCAACUUGAACUAUUACGACACAAAAAAAGGACUAUUACGAACGCCUUUGAUGAUGAGAUGAUAAUGGCUCUUUCCAAAAGACCUAAUUAUUGCCAGCAGAAUCAAAAGACUAAAUUGCCAACGAAACAACAUUAUAAAUCAUGA